AUGCCACUGGAAACCAUAGCCCCUAACUCAUCAGAAAGCUCUCCUGCUCUUAUCGAAGGGCCACUUAUUUCACGCCUCGCAAAAACUGGCCCGGGCGAUGCCCAGCUGAAGUCCUGCCAGUAUUACGGGAAGCCUUUCCGCCAGUUCCAGUCUCUCGCCACGAACUGUUUGGUGACAAGCUUGCGCUGCGGCCGACUAGUAACAAAGAUUUCCUCUCAUGUCAGCUGCCCAACCAGGUCUUUAGAGAAGGAAAUUGGAAAGUUGGCUAAGAAAAGUCCGAUUCGGACCAAAUUAAUUCCGACCAGCUUUAUUUCCAAUCUGAUUUCCAUUUGCCUUCUCAACAAGGCCCACGAUCCCUGA